UACGAGUGAACUUCAAGGUCAGGAUCUUGAGGUUUGCUCUGAAGUGUCGCCGACCCCUCUCAGUAUAAUGCGAGGACAAGGGGAAGAGAAGGAACAGAAGUGUGUCCCUCCCCAAUCCCCAGUGCGAUCAAGAAAGAGGAAGGCAAAUGUUGCUAUUUAUUUACAAGAUCUGGAUGAGGAGGUAGCAGAGAUGACGAAGAAGAAGCAUCGUGACUGUGAGAUGAGUUGGAGUCCUGACGCUGAUUAUGCGAGUCCUCACCGGUGGAUGUCCACACCUAGCCAGGAAGAGUACCACCAAGUUUCCCUGAUAAAUGCGGGCCUCUUUCAGUAUCACAUUCACAACAUAUUUGUUACUCCAGUUCACUGUGCUCCACUCCCUGCGCUGUGCUGGGCCAGUAAGGAUGUGGUGUGGAGCAACAUGUUGGAGAAGGAUAAGACUUACAGCAGGGACAUCCACAUGUUGGAGAAGCAUCCUCAUCUUCAGCCCAAGAUGAGAGCAGUUCUCCUGGAUUGGCUCAUGGAGGUAAGUGAAGUGUACAAACUACACCGGGAGACGUAUCACCUUGCACAGGAUUAUUUUGAUCGCUUCAUGGCCACACAAAGAAAUGUCUUCAAAUCAACGUUGCAACUCAUUGGCAUUACGUGUCUCUUCAUCGCUGCAAAAGUAGAGGAGAUGUAUCCUCCAAAGAUCCACCAGUUUGCCUACGUUACAGAUGAAACGUGCUCCGAGGAUGAGAUUCUCAGCAUGGAGCUCAUUGUUAUGAAGGAGCUGAACUGGAGCCUCAGCCCACAGACUCCUAUCUCAUGGCUCAACGUUUACAUGCAGGUGGCCUACCUAAAAGACACAGAGGAGCUGCUCAUACCCAGAUACCCCCAGGAGACCUUCACACAGAUUGCAGAGCUGCUGGACCUGUGUAUGCUGGAUGUGAGGUGCCUUGAGUUCUCAAAUGGCAUUCUUGCCGCUUCGGCGUUAUUUCACUUUUCCUCUUUGGAGCUGGUGGAAAAUGUCUCGGCCUUGAAGAGGGUCGAGGUGGAGGAGUGUGUGCGGUGGAUGGUGCCGUUUGCCAUGGCGUUGCGAGAAGUCGGUGGGUCGUGUAUGAAAACGUUUGUGGGGAUCGCAGCUGAAGACGUGCACAACAUCCAGAGCCACGCCCCCUACCUUACAUGGCUGGAUAAGGCCUACUCUUACCAAGAUGUGGACUUGGAGCGUCACAACAACUGUCCUGUUCCCUCCAGCGUCCUGACUCCUCCUCGGAGCAGUGAGAAAACUGAAGACUUGGUUCAAGUGGAAGCUGCAGUUCUGAAAAUUGCACCGAGGAUGUGUCUGCCAUCCCCCCAGCCCCAUCUGCCAGAGUAA